GUUACUCCGUUCGAGUCAGUGUCGCGCUACACUUGGGCUGUAGUAGUUCGGAGGAUUUUUUUUCCAAUUUUUCAAAAUAACAUUAUAUUAUUAAAAAUAAUUAGGAGAAGAAAAAAUUCCGCAUUUUGACAAUUCGUAUGUGAUACAAUCAAAGUUCUUUUUUUUCAAAUUAAAUGGCGCGAGUGCUGUCGUUAAAUACAUGUGUGAACGUGUGUUAUUAAAAAUUUUUUUUUUCAAAAUCCAAAUUUCGUGCGUGUAAAUUUUUUUAAUAUGUGGACAACUGCAAAUAGAUAGUUUUUUUUUUCGCGUGUGCCAAAAGAAAAUUUUUUUGUUUGUGUUCCAUUAAUUUUUGUUUUUUGGAGUUAAAUAUUUUGUGUAGUUGACCUACAAGAUCUGAUGAACAAAAUUUUUCUAUGAUAAGACGCUUAAAAUCCCCACCCGAAGUCAGAAAGUAUAGCAUCGACCAAAAAUUUCGACGUGCGAUAGGAACAAAAGGGAAUAAAUAAAUGAUUGCCUCGUCUUUUAUUUCUUAAAUAAAAAAAGAUAAAUCUUGAAGAAAUAAAAAAGAAAAAAAAGGUUUUUGAACAAAGACCAGUAUACGAAUGUUCACGAGAACUCGGCAAAGUGGUCAUGUGGAUACGUUAAAUACAAGGAUCGAUAUUAUUGAAUACGAGAGAAGGACGGUGAAAUUUCCGAACGAUUCUCUCUCAUCAUUUUGGUGAAAUUCUCAAAGCCAAUUAGCGUCAUUGUCACGAUUGUGAAGUGAAACGAAAAGUAAUCGGUGAGGAAUCUUGAGAGUUUCCAAAGAGUCUCUUUCAAGGUAUGAUGAACCCCAGAGUGUCUUUACUCUGGCUUGGGAUUUUGUUGGUUGUCUCAGCGGAUCCGGAACCAGAGCCACGACCUCGACCAAAACCAAUUUACACACAGGAUUUUGUUGUUCAUGUGCCUGCUGGAAAAAAAGUUGCCACUGCCAUUGCUGAGAAACAUGGAUUUCAAUUUCAAGGACAGAUUGGCGCUUUGACCAACUACUUUCAUUUAUCUCACGAGCGGCUGAGAAAACGAUCCCCUGCUCCAAGCGAUUAUCAUAAUAAAAAACUCAGUGAUGAGCCGGAGGUGCAUUGGGUACAGCAGCAACAUGAAAAGAAACGAAAGAAGCGCGACUUUCACGGUACUACAUAUACAUUUUCCGAAUACCCACAUUUCUUGGACCGAUUUGGUACGCAACAACGAUCCUUUGCCCAUCGACAAAGAAAUCGAGAAAUUUCUGUUCAAAAUUUAUUUCCCGAUCCUCUCUAUAAAGAGGAAUGGUAUAUGAAUGGUGGAUCGAAGGAUGGUUACGAUAUGAACGUGGCACCCGCCUGGGAGAGAGGUUACACAGGAAAAGGUGUUGUGGUUUCAAUUUUGGAUGAUGGAAUUCAAACAAACCAUCCAGAUCUUGCCGCGAAUUACGAUCAGAAUGCCAGUUAUGAUAUCAAUGGGAAUGAUGAUGAUCCCAUGCCAAGGGACAAUGGUGACAACAAACAUGGUACAAGAUGUGCCGGUGAAGUUGCUGCCGUAGCCUUUAACCAAUACUGUGGUGUUGGUGUUGCAUACAAUGCCAGUAUAGGAGGAGUUAGAAUGCUGGACGGAACAGUAAACGACGCGGUAGAGGCAAAAGCCCUGGGAUUGAAUCCUGAUCAUAUUGACAUCUAUAGUGCAUCCUGGGGACCGGAAGACGACGGGAAAACUGUUGAUGGCCCGGGUCCUCUUGCUAGACGUGCCUUCAUUUAUGGAGUCACAAGCGGUCGUCAGGGGAAGGGUUCGAUAUUUGUGUGGGCAUCAGGAAAUGGAGGUAGACACACGGACUGUUGCAAUUGUGAUGGUUACACGAACAGCAUCUUUACCCUCUCGAUAUCGAGUGCCACUCAGGGUGGCUACAAGCCUUGGUACUUAGAGGAAUGUAGCUCAACAUUGGCCUCGACCUAUUCCUCUGGGUCACCCGGUAAUGACAAGAGCAUCGCAACCGUUGAUAUGGAUGGCAAACUACGACCGGAUCACAUAUGCACCGUCGAGCACACUGGUACAUCAGCGUCGGCACCAAUUGCCGCUGGCAUCACCGCUUUGGCACUUGAGGCAAAUCCCUCUCUAACUUGGAGGGAUAUGCAGUAUCUUGUGGUACUGACAUCAAGAUCCGCGCCCCUUGAGAAAGAAUCUGGCUGGGUUCUUAAUGGGGUCAAGAGGAAAGUCUCUCAUAAAUUCGGUUACGGUCUGAUGGACGCUGGUGCCAUGGUUAAUUUGGCUGAGCAAUGGACCAACGUUCCGCCGCAGCAUAUUUGCAAAUCCCCUGAGCACAUCAAGGAGCAGCCGAUCGACCCGACCUACGGUUAUUCACUUACUGUUUCCAUGGACGUCAACGGAUGCGCCGGGACGCCCAACGAGGUUCAAUUCCUUGAACACGUCCAGUGUAAGGUCUCCCUCAGAUUCUUCCCUCUAGGAAAUCUCAAGCUCCUCCUGACCUCGCCAAUGGGAACAACAUCCACUCUUCUCUUUGAGCGACCACGUGAUAUAUUCAACUUCAAAUUUGACGACUGGCCCUUCCUCAGCGUCCACUUCUGGGGUGAGAAGGCCGCCGGGCGUUGGACUUUACAAGUCAUCAACGCCGGUAGACGUCACGUCCAGAAACCAGGAAUUCUGCAGAGAUGGCAACUGAUCUUUUAUGGAACGGCAACGAAUCCGAUAAGGAUAAGAUCUCAUCAAUUUAAUCCGGUACAAACGGCUUCUCAAGCAUAUUCCUCCUCUGUAGAAUAUCCAUUUUUCUUUGAUCAACAUCGCCCUGUGGACGAAUUUCGCGAUACCGACUUCUUUGCACGGUCUGGCUUUCAGGGAUACCAGGGUCCAUACACGGGUGCCGCCUCCAAUGUUGAAGCCUCAGUGACGACUCUCGAUGGCGCAUCCAAUCCACUUUUGACGAAUCGACUGCCUGGAGAUCUUUCUCCAUCGGACGAUUCCUUUGAUUCGGGAAAGAAAAUUCGACAGCAUGACUGUGAUCCACAGUGCGAUAAUCAAGGAUGCUAUGGUAAAGGGCCAACUCAAUGUGUCGCCUGCAAAAGUUAUCGACUCGACAAUACAUGCAUAAGUCGAUGUCCUCCAAGAAGUUUUCCAAAUCAAGCCGGAGUCUGUUGGCCAUGUCACGAGUCCUGUGAAACUUGCGCAGGUGCUGGACAGGAUUCAUGCCUGUCCUGUGCUCCGGCUCAUCUUCGAGUUACAGAUUUGGCCAUUUGUCUACAACAAUGUCCUGAGGGCUACUAUGAAAAUACCGAAAAUAGUACAUGUGUACCGUGCGAGGCAAAUUGUGCAAGCUGUCAAGAAAGACCGGAUCACUGCACCAGUUGUGAGAAUCAUCUCGUUAUGUAUGGGAAUAAGUGCUUUGCAGCAUGUCCCCUCUACACCUACGAAACACAAGAUUACAACUGUGUUCCUUGUCAUUCCACUUGCGAGACGUGUAAUGGCACCGGAGAAAAUCAAUGCAUCAGAUGUCGUCCGGGACUCUACGUUCUCAAUGGACGUUGCACAAAUUCAUGUCCAAAUGGAUACAGUGCAGAUAAAAAGUAUCGUGAAUGUAUUCCAUGUCCGGCACAUUGUGCAAGUUGUGAUUCAUCAAAAUGCACCAGCUGUAUUUCCGGAUGGAGUUUUAACAAGAAAGAGGAAUGCAUACCAGACACUCGAUCUCGUUGUGAUAGUUCCGAGUUUUAUGAAGCAGGACAUUGCAAGCCUUGUCACUCGACGUGCGAGACUUGUGUCGGCCCUACGGAGGACUACUGCAUUUCCUGUCAGAAUCCGUUACUCCUUCAAGGUAGACGGUGUGUCGCCCAAUGUGACGACGGUUACUAUUCCAAGGUGCAACCAUCGGGACCAAUUUGCGCUCCUUGUCUACAGACGUGUAAGACUUGCGUUUCUGAAAUGAAUUGUACGACUUGUCAAGAAUCCUUACAACUACAGAGCGGUGAAUGCCGUUCCUCUUGUGCCGAAGGUUAUUACAGUGACAGGGGUCAAUGUGCCAAAUGUUAUCUUUCUUGUAAAACUUGCUCGGGACCAAGGAGAGAUCAAUGCGUCAGCUGCCCCACGGCGUGGCAAUUGGCAUCGGGUGAAUGUCACCCCGAAUGUCCAGAGGGGGACUUCAAGAGUGAAUUUGGCUGUCGAAAAUGUCAUCAUUAUUGCAAAACUUGUAAAGGAGAGGGACCAUUGGAAUGCACAUCUUGUCCACCGCGAUCAAUGUUGGAAGGUGGAUUAUGUAUGGAGUGUCUUGGAGGACAGUAUUACGAUUCUCAAACACAACUCUGUAAAACAUGUCACGAGACUUGUCGCACAUGUACAGGUCCAGGAAAAUACAACUGUGCAUCAUGUGCAAAACCGCUGCAUUUACACAAACUUAAUAAUCAAUGUGUACUCUGUUGUGCAGCUAAUGAAAAGAAAGCUGAAAAUGAUGAAUGCUGCCUCUGCGAUCCUGAUACCGGUGGCUGCAGGAAUAGUUCGCCGGCUGGAAAAAGAAGAGUGCCAGGCACUGAAUUGUCGUCGUUAGAUACGUUAGAAGUGGAAAGUGCAGCACAAUAUGGCAACACUCACAAUUUGGAUGUUGAUUCAUUGAAUACAUCCGCAAUGACAGUCAUGACCCUUGGUAUUUUUAUUUGCAUGGCUUCAGUCACUUUAUUUGUGAGUGUAUUCGGCGUACUUCAGUUACUGUCCAGAAGAAGAGAAGUUUCAAUGGGAUACACUCAGCUGGCUGUAAGAGUGGAACAUUUGGACGACAUAGACGUCGAUGAUACAACCGAGCUUAUGACGUAGUUCUUUUAAAGAAAGUGUUGUCAUCCCAUGCCGGAAGUAACAUCAGUGGUUGACGAAAGAAAAUACCAACAAAAAAAAAACUGAAAAAAAAGAAUGUCCUACUCGAGAACAGGCUUUUCGGAACAAUGGGAGGCAUUUCGUUUUAGAAAACUCCUUCAAAACCUUUAAGCCUUAUUCCAGCUUCGAGUGAAAGUGAUUGUUUCUUUUAAAAAAAAGAAAAUACAAACUUCACAUUAAAGAAAAAAGAACAAAAAAAAAUUUCGAGUGAUUGUGCUUAAAAAAAAAUUGCGUCAUAUGUCUUUGUACAGAAGUGAAAAAAAUGUGUAUGAGUGAAUAAAAUAUGUAUGUCUGUAAAUAUUAUUGCGCUGCGUUCGAGCCAACGAACAAACAGAAGAAAAAUGAAAUUUGAUUUAUAAAUCAAUGAAAAGCUCGCACGAAGUGCAAAAUUUGUAAGUAGAAAUAAUUUCGGUCAGUGUUUAUCUGUCCGAUUUUUACGAGUUAGGUAAAUCGAUGCACAGAAAUGGAUUUCAGUUCGUGAUUAUAGAUGAAUUGGAUCAGAGAAAAGCAUCAACGACAAAACGAUGAAGGCAGAAAAAGAAACAAUUUUUUUGCAAAAGAGGGUGAAAGACGGUGUUAAGUGCCUGAUUAGUGACACCUUUUAACCCUCCUUCCCCCUUUCCCGUCCUUCGAUCGUCUUUUUUAUUCUGCCAAAUACCUUCCCCUAGUGAAAUAUUAGCACGCGUACUCUUAUCGUGGAGAGUUUAUCGGAAUUGGAAUAAAAAAAAAAUGUUUGGCUUCCUUUAUAAUAUUUCUCCUAAUUUAAAAAAAAGUACUAACUUCUUUUUUUCAUUAAUUAAAUUAAUUAAUUUAAAUGUGAAUCAUUAAGAAAUUUAUAUUUUUAAAAAUUCCUGUAUUUUUUACUAAAUUUAGUUAAUAUUAGGUGAAAUAUAAUAUAGGGGAAGCAUUUCUCUUCCUUUGUAUUGUUUCAUUGACAAAACAUGGGGAAAACUCUUUAAAGAAAGAGUUGAUAAAAAAAAAGUGUGAAUGAAAACGAUUCUGGUCCUCCAUCGCAAUAAUUGUAAAGUCAUCGUCCCUUUGUAUAUUUGUAUGAAUGAACGUGACGAUGCUGAGAGAAUUAAUCUAGGGUUAAAGGGAAGGAUAUCGAGCGUUUAAGAACUUAUGAAAAGAAGGUAAGGCAAAUAAGUCGGAAUAUUAAAAUUUUUUUUAUUUCUACUCUUUCAUGACUCUUGUUAAUUUUUUUUUUUAAACUAUUUUUUAUUAAUUUGACUUUCUUUUUUAUAUGCCAUAAUUUUUCAAAACCGACUAUA